GAAAGUAGUCUAGAGGCGCACUGUGGGGAGAGAGGAAAAAGUUCUCAACAAGGAGAGGCAGGACUACUCUUACGGAGCCCCUGCAGUCUCACUUUUUUAUGCCUCUAAAAGACUUUCCCUUCCAUCCUUUUGCAUUUUUGCUUUGCAACACUGCUAUCGCGUUUCCGAGAGUGUAAAUCCUACUUUUUUUUGUGUGUGACUUAAGUGAAAGCACCAGCACCAUGGAGCUGCUCUGCCUCGAAAUGGACACCAACAUACGAGCUCGUCCCGAUCCAAACCUCCUGUGCGAUGACAGAGUCCUGCAGAGCUUGUUGACCAUAGAGGAGAGGUUUCUACCCCAAUAUUCCUAUUUCAAAGGCGUCCAGAAAGAUAUUCAGCCGUUUAUGAGGAGGAUGGUCGCUACUUGGAUGUUGGAGGUUUGUGAGGAGCAGAAGUGCGAGGAAGAAGUUUUUCCCUUGGCCAUGAACUACUUAGACAGAUUUUUAGCCGUGGUACCCACCAAAAAGUGUAACCUGCAGCUGCUGGGAGCAGUGUGCAUGUUUCUUGCAUCCAAAUUGAAAGAGACUCGUCCAUUAACCGCAGAGAAGCUUUGCAUCUACACAGAUAACUCCAUCAAACCCCAAGAACUGCUGGAAUGGGAACUGGUGGUGUUGGGGAAGUUGAAGUGGAACUUGGCAGCAGUGACACCGAAUGACUUCAUUGAGCACAUUGUGAGGAGGCUGCCGCUACCCGAGGAUAAGCUGGCACUUAUACGUAAACAUGUCCAGACCUUCAUCGCCCUGUGUGCCACAGAUUUCAGAUUCGCCAUGUACCCUCCCUCCAUGAUUGCCACAGGAAGUGUGGGGGCAGCGAUCUGCGGCCUACAGCUGGAUUCAGCUGACCAGUCACAGUGGGGCGACAGUCUGACAGACCUGCUGGCCAAAAUCACAAAUACAGAAGUGGAUGUUCUCAAGGAGUGCCAGGAGCAGAUUGAGCGUGUGUUGGUGAGCAGCCUGCGCGAGGGGCGGCAGCAGCAACAGCAGCAGCAGCAGACACAGAGAGGCCCCAGCGGCAAAGGCCUGGACGAGCUGGAUCAAUCAUCCACCCCGACAGAUGUCCGUGAUGUCAACUUGUGAACCAGCAGAGGGCGUCAUUGCACAGGAUUUACAGAAAAAAAAAGAAUCAUGAAAAAAACCUCAAUUUUCUUAAAAGCAGAAAAAAAGAACAAAAGAACAAAAAAUGUUAAAAACACAAGCCCUUUAAAAGAAAGAGAACAAUGCUUGCUAGUUUUUUUGUAGAUUUUCUGUUCUUCAAGUCAAAAACAGCUGCCCACGAAAUAGAUUUUCUAUGAUGUUCGAGUCUAAAAGCAACAAAUUUGAUACAAGAUGAAGCUCUGUGGUGCCUUGGAUAUACAGAAGGGAAGCCAAUCAUAUUCACAUUCUGCCUUGUAUAGUAUGACCUUUAAGUUAUAUUUUAACCAUAGCUUGAUAAUGAGGCUGUUAUGGUAGAAGUUGUGGAAACCAUUCAGAAAUUGCAUACGUGGGAUCACGGCAGGGCUUUUUUCUCUGUUUUGUUUCUAUGAGUAUUAUCACUAUUACAUUCGAGACUGGUCAAAGAGAAGACUCUUUUGACCAGACGGUUUGAGCUCCUCGACCAUCACAAGGUUCACACUUGUGUUGAGGAUGAGACGGAGGAAGCCUUGAGAACAGUAUGCUUAACAUUGGUGGGUCCCAAUUCCAGGGAAGAGACAGGAUUAUAAUAAUUAUUAGUAGUAUUAGUAAUUAUUAUUAUUAUUAUUAUUAUUAAUAUUAUUAUUGGAUAUAUUUUGGAACUGAGUAGUCGAGAUCAAUAAGCUCCUUUUGUCAGGCUGCUUGUGUGUGUCAGUUUGUAGAUGCUAUGUGCCUCAAUAUGUGUGUGUGUGUGUGUGUGUGUGUGUGUGUGUGUGUGUGUGUGUGUGUGUGUGUGUGUGUGUGUGUGUGUGUGUGUGUGUGUGUGUGUGUGUGUGUGUGUGUGUGUGUGUGUGUGUGUGUGUGUGUGUGUGUGUGUGUGUGAGAUCCUGUAUCUAUAUUAGCAGUGUGUAUUCUAAGGUGUGAGGCACUUGAGCAAAGUCGUAGACUUACGGUGUUAUGUUAAAAGACUAUGGAGCAAGCCGAGGCUACAUAUACUUUGUCCAUCAGUAUAACAGGGCAUCUAUGCUAUAUCACUGCCUUCAUGCAUUAACAGUGUACAUGGUCCAUUGUUGGCCAACAAUAAACUCAUGUGCAUGGACUAUGAGUGAGUAAGGGCUUCCUGUGAUGCCCCUAACAUUCUAAGAGCAUUUUGCCUGAGGUGUUAAGCCUCAGACUCAGAGGUCAUGUGAGGUGUUAGAGAAUUACUGCCAUUCUGGUAAUGAAAUAUUACCAGAUACUUCACUCUUUUUCACGUUUGUUACAAUAUGGUGUUCCUUAGUUGUGAAAGGCUGCUUUGAAUCUGAACAGAGCAGUGAUGACCUCUCACGUGUGCAGCAUGUAUGGCACAUGUGAAAACAUGAGAGGACAAUGUCUUGAAGAAAGUGAGUUAGUGCUUUUUAAAAGUCUGGAGGAUGUUAGACUCCUCUGUAUUAAUUAGCAGGGAGGGGACAGGGUGUGGCGUGGAAGGAAUUGGAGAGAGAGGGACAGUUUGCAACUAAGAAGCCACUGUGGAACUGUUGAGGCACAUGAGUGCACAGCACAGGAUGGUAGGACAGAGAGGAUUUUAGUGGUGCAGGAGCAUGCUGCUGUGUAGGAGACGAGGAUGAUGUACAGCCAGUGGCUGGAAGAUGAUAAUGAACAAAAGACACCCAAAGGCUUCAUGAUAAAACUUUGAUAUCUGCAUAGUUGGGUGGUAUCAACAUUAAUUUCUCAUAACAGAUGUCAACAGUGACACAGCUAAGUGAACAAAAACAUUCUGAGUUUCCAUUUACAUGGAAAUUAAAUGAGGAACUAAGACUGUACGCUGCCAGAUCAUGCGAGGAUGAACUUUCUUGGGGGGGUUUAGAGGAGUACAAGAUGAUACAAUACUGUCAAUGCAUCUGGAGUCCCACAUAGGGUUGUGUUCAGCUCCCCUAUAUGAUUUCAAUGGCAAAGCACUUUGAGAACAUGCUCCCCAGGAGACAAAUAAAAUGAAAAUGCGUUGGGUGGUGAUUGGAGGUGAAUAGAUGUUUUCUUUUUUCCUUGUUAGCUUUUUCUUUGGUUUACUUUGUAGGGCUGGUUUCCCAAUCGUCAGACAUACCCUUGUCAAGCAAGAGUCAAACAAAAUAAGCUUUCCACAACUUGAGAUGAGAGGACAUUCCGAUCAAAAAAAACAUUCCUAUUCAAGCAAAGUGCAAGUUGAUGGGGAGCCCAAUCGUUUCAGAGAAUUCGAACGAAUACAAAACGCUGAUAUGAAUUGGCAAAACGCCUACACACACAGCUCACUGAUCCAUGGGUUCUGUUUUAUUUUAUUUACAUUGUCAAGAAAUGAAUGAUUUGUUUUACUUGAAUUUUUCUUUUUAUUUAUCUGCAUCACAGCCACAGAUAGUCACACAGGGCGGCAAUGAGCUACAAGGAAGGGUGGUCGUAACAUCCGAUAUUUGCACAUGUUCUUCAGAGAGCAAUGAGAUUUGCAUUGUUCACCAGAACAGAGCUUUUGUUCAAAACCACCUUAACUGAUGUGUAUCCUAGUGGUUGGUCAAUUUCUUUUUUUUCUCCUUGUUUUUUUUUUUGGUGCUGGCUUGAACUUGCGAAAUGUUAAACAUUGUGUCGUUUAGGCCUGUCUGUCAGUCAACACAUCAGUCCCCUUUGAGCUUUGCUGCUUCAAAUCAUUGGCAAAGGGACUUCAUCAGCCAGACAGACACCAGCACAAAACAAGAGACGGAUGAUUUUUCUUUUUUUUCUUUAUUGUUUUGUUUUAACGGGACACACGGCUUUGCCACAGCAAGGUGUCUUUCACUUUUGCUUGAGUUUUUCAUGAUGGUAUGUGACUUUGCUGAGUGUAUGUUUGUCAGACUGAAGAAAAUUGCGGGGAUCCAAUGUUUUAGUGAUGUUUUGUUUUGUUUCGUUUUUUUUUGGUAAAACUGGGCAAUUUAAUGACACACUUGCCAAAACAUCCCCUUUUGAAUAUUUGAUGUGACCCUUCAUUUUUGCCUCUGUUUGCCUGAUGUAAGCUCUCUCCCAAACUUAACGGUUGUGAUUUUUCUUUCCUGCAAUGUAUUGUUGCAUGUGUUAUAUAUUGAGACCACAUUUUCAAUUUGUCUUUGAUAUAUUAUAUGGGGGUGACCAGACCCACAAAAGGGUUUUUCUAAGAUAUAGAGAUACUGUAUUCCAAAGUGAAGAGAGGUCAGAGGAGGAGGUGUGAAGACAUCAAGAAAAAAGUGUCAAUAUUUUUAUUGAAUUAUUGUUGUCUUUUUGCGCUGCUAAAAGCUAUGAAUUUGUUUCAUUUAUACAAAAAAAUAACAUUACCUAGUUGUGAUGUGUCACUUGAGUGUGCUGCUAUUUUAUAAACAUUUGUAUUAUAAUAUAAUUAUUUUACUGCUUAAGAGAUACAUUCAAAAAACGAAGUAGAUGGUGAUAGAAGAACAUGAAAUGAGUAUUCGACUGGAAAUGUUCUUUGUACAGUUUGACAGUUUGCUUAGAUAGCAUUUCUCCUUUCUCCCCUUUUUUUAAUCUAUUUUGCUCUAUUUCUUCAGUCACAUUCUGCAUCAGUGGUAUUUCCUAUACCUCAGGAUUACUGGACAAAUAUUAAAAAAUAAUACACAAACAAAUCCAUCAUCUAUACCUCUGCAUUUAGGGAGCCUGGAACAGAGAAGACAGAGUACAGUGGGGGAGGAAAAGAGCAGUGACAAAUUAGCAUUUUUGCGGAUGAUUCCCACUGCUUUGGUGGAGAAUCAACUCGUUCAGUGAGAUGGAAAUGUGCAAGGCUUACACUUGGAGGUGGGAGGGGGGCACAACAGAAUCGCAACAUUUUUCGGGGGGUGUUUAUGCUGUAAAAAGUUGAAGCAUGUUCACUUUUGUUCAUGUUGGUGCUACAUCUGACUUGUUGUGUGCAAGGGAGGGAAAAACAGCAUUCCUAUAUGAUGGCCAAAGUACAGUCCUCGCUUUGUACAACCACAAUCACUCUGAAUGUCAGUAAAUAUGGAUUCUGUAAGUGAGAAAAGACAAGUUUUGGUCUGAAAUAUUGUGUGCGCACCAUUGUAACUGCCGCAAAAAUAAUGGGUUGAGUUGCACCUGUCAACCAACCAUAAAUAUUCUGAUAUCUGGAAGUUUCAAUGGUGCAGAUUUCCCUUUGAGUUCCCAACCCCUCCUCCCUCACCCCCUUGCCCCCCUCCACUAUAACUCAUAUCAUGUACCUCAAAUGUCUGUUGCACAACCUCUGUUCAAUAAACUUCUGCUUUAAAGGGUGUGACACCACAUCAGUUCACUGGUA